UAAAGAUCAAAUUAAUUAUAGUGCACACACUCUGUACCUAGUAGUAGUAGUUUUGUAGCUGUAGCUAAACUAAUUAUAAAUUGACUUGCGAAUUCUUUGGCACUCAUUGCACCGAUCGACUGUUACAUUCAAAUUAAUUCCAGCAAGAUGUGGUCGACAUUAAUCCUGCGACAUCCGGUUUUGCGCCGAAAAACUAGCGAGUUGUUGGUUCGGAGUUACGGUGAUGGUCCACCACCGAAACUAUUACGUAAAUACGAACACUUCCAAAAAGAUAAUGGAAUACCAGUUUAUAUCAAGGGUGGCGUAGGGGAUAAGAUUUUGUUUGGUCUUACGCUUGCGGGUAUUGCGGUUGGACUUACGGAUGGAUUGUAUACCCUUUUCCAGAUGGCUAGGCCAAAGAAGAAGUAAAUAUUGCAUAAUGUCAUAAGAAAAAAAUAGUCUUGUACUAGUUGUAUGUAAAAAAUAAUAUACAGAGAUGUUGAUAAGAA